AAUUCUAUCCUCUACAACCCAAAAAUAAUAUAAAAUAAAUAAAAGAGGGAAACUCAGAACACGUGACCCCACACCCCCCGUGGGCCCCACCGCUCCUUCCUACUCACCAAAAAAUGACGACACUGAUCACCUCUCUCUCUCUCUCUCUCUCUCUCUCUCUCUCUCUCUCUCUCUGCAAAACCCUUUCUCGCCUCUCUAUAAAUACUUUCCAUCCCACCAUCCACCUCUCAACCCAAUCUUUCUUCUCUUUUCCUUCCCGCAAUUCUUCUUCUUCUUCUCACUCUACUCUGUUUUCUGCAAACAUGGCUGCAUACAGAGAACCCAUGAACGUUGGUGACAGAGCCCCGGUUUCUCCGCAGCAACCGCACUCGCCGUGGCAUUCUCCUGUUCCCUACCUAUUUGGGGGGCUAGCGGCGAUGCUGGGUCUCAUAGCCUUCGCUCUGUUGAUCCUUGCAUGCUCCUACUGGAAGCUCUCCGGGUACCUUGAAGGGAACGGGGAAACAGAACGGGACCUGGAAGCUGGCGAGGGAAAAGCGGAGCAAGACCAGAAACCUCAGAGACCGUACGAGGAGAAGAUCCUGGUGAUCAUGGCCGGCCAAGAGAAACCGACAUUCUUGGCCACUCCGAGCGUCUCUUCUUCUUCAAGCUGCGGCACUAGCAGGUCCUCUUCCUUCGGCGACAACACAAGCACCUGCACCUGCGAAGAGACCCGAAAAUCACUGGAAGUGUCACAGUCCGCCAAAGAGGGAAGUACAGAGAGCGGGACCACCGAAACCUCGUCGGAUCAGAACCCUUGAUCGAGCCAAACGUGUGGACAACUUGGGGGGGUUUUGUUUGGUAGCCGGGAUUGCUUUCGUGCUAAAAGCAAAGCUCUUGACACCUCUGAAUUUUGGGUGCCUCUCUGGGUAGUUAGGUUGCAUGUUCAACAAUUGGCAGUGAAUGGCGACAUGGGGAUUCCGUUCUCUUCUCCUUUUCUUUUUCUCCUCUGUACAUUAUUUCGGGAAUGUAAAUUCUUUGAGGUGGAACUAGAAUGGAUUCUCUUGCUGUUUCACAAA